AUGGCAACGCCUCGAUCCCCUGUCGCUGCGCAAGCGAACACACAUCGUAAUAAUACGAACUAUGACGCGCAGUGUUCGGGAUGCAAAGUCAUUAUAAAUGAAUUGCUUACUUUCCUAAGCAACAAAGUUGACGUGUUGCCAGAAACGGCAAUUUCUGAGAUAUGUUUAACUGCGUAUACAUCAGAAGAAAUCGAAGAAUCUCGCUGUAUCGCUCUAAAAUUGUUGGCGCCGCAGAAGAAAUUCAUGAGAAGAAAGGAAGGGUCAGAGCAAAAAAGUAUCCAUGAUAUGGUGAAAAUGAUUAAGGAGUUUGAGCCUGACAGUCUCCCCAUUUUUGUGGCGAGAGACUUAAACAAGAUUCCACCCGUCUCUUUUAAUUAUAUUGACUCGACUUCUUUUCUUAAGGAGAUAGCAAUUUUAAGAAGCGAUGUGGCUGCUAUUAAAGCUGAAAAGAACACGAAAAGUGGUGGCUCAUGCUCAUCUAGUGAAAUAGAGGGGUUGAAGUCGGAAGUAGAAGAAGUGAAGUCCAUCGUGAAGGCAUUGAAGAAAAAAGAUAGUUGUGCAUGUGAGUGUAAACAACAAAAGACUGCGCAACAGAAUGCAUCACAAUCGUUUGCCGCUGUAACUCAAAAACGCGGCACGAGUAAACAGCUGACCGGCCAACUACCGCCUGCGCCCGGUACGAUACGUAAACAAAGCGCGCCGCAUUCCUUAUCGCAAAAUAAUAACUCGCCUAUAACUAACCAGUUACCCGAUGCUGUACAGAUGCACGUACCGUUAUAUAAAGAUAUCAUUAAUACGACAAGCUCGUUAGAAGCGCAUGAACGCUUUAGUUCUCAGAGGGAUAUAAUGAAUGAUAGUUUUAUAACUGUGGAACGUAAGAAGCGUAAGAAAAUAUAUAGCAACUUGACGGGCACUGCGCAAGGCUCGAGUAAAUUGCAGUUAGCGGAUCUAACAUCUUUUGUUUACGUAUCUCGUUUGAAUAAAUCGACCACUGUGGAUAAUAUAAUGGACUACGUAAAAGAUAAGGGCGAGGAAUGCUUCAAAAUAGAUUUAUUGACACAAAGACAUGACACGGACUUUUGUUCGUUUAAGUUAUCAGUGCCUAGGCGUAAAUUAGAUACGUUUCUCAGUAAGGAAUUUUGGCCCGAAGGUGUUAAAUUCAGACUAUUCCGUGAACGCACGGCGAGAGGAACCAAACCACUAAACCCCUAA